AUGUAUGGAGUUGUUGCUGCUCUUUCAUCUCCGAAGCCCGACUCCACUAUUCCUUCAAACUCAAAACUAGUUGAGGAGUGGACUUACGCGAACAAGGUAUGCCGACACACUCUGCUUAGUGCACUUUCUAAUGAUUUGUUCGAUGUGUACUGUUCCUACAAGGAAGCAAAGGACAUUUGGGACUCGUUGAUUCUCAAAUACACUACCGAAGAUGUCGUCAGACAAAGAUUCGUCAUAGGAAAUUACUAUCGUUGGGAAAUGAUUGAAGACAAGGACAUAAAAACUCAAAUCAAUGAAUACCACAAGUUGCUCGAAGACAUCAAAGCAGAAAACAUUCUACUACCGGAUGAAUUUGUUUCAGAACUCCUGAUUGAGAAAUUGCCGCCAUCCUGGACAGAUUACAAACAACAGUUGAAACACAGACACAAGCAAAUGUCUCUACCAGAACUCAUUACACACAUAAUAAUUGAAGAUACCAACAGGAAGGAGUCUGCUACUACAAGAGCCAAAGCUUUAUCUGCGAAAGCAAAUAUGGUAGAAGUAAAACCUGCUCCAAAAAGGCGUAGAGCGAGAAACGACAAUCCUCCUAGGGCCAAUAUAGCCGAAGGAGAUGACAUUAUUGUUGCGGUUGUUUCUCAAGUGAAUCUGAUGACCAAUGUGAGCAAGUGGGUAGUAGACUCUGGUGCUACUAGGCAUAUCUGUGCAAACAGAAGUGCUUUUACCACUUACACUAGUGUAGGGGAUGGAGAAGAACACGUCUACCUCGGUGAUUCCAAGACCACUCCUGUUCUGGGAAAAGGAAAAAGCCAAAAUGGAUGUGAGAUAUCCGUUUGGCCUUCAAUAGACGUAUCAGGAACCAAUGUUCUGUCUUAUGUCAAUAUGUCCAAGUGUCUGUCCUCAUUGCUCAAUGACGAUCCUGCAAUAAUGGAAAGACGAAGUGCCCUUGCAAAGAGGCUUGAGUUAUAUCGGAGUGCACAAGCUGAGAUCGAUGCAGUUGCAUGGUCUAAAUAG